CUUCGAACUAAAGACCGAUUAAUCGAAGAAAAUAACAACAAAAAAAAGGAAAAAAUACGUACGCGAAGUCAGUGUUAAAAAUAAUAAAUUAUAAUCUCUGUAAAGGGAGAUAGCCGGUAUAAAGGAGGUUUUAAUAAAUGUAUUCGAAAUCGCCGGAGACCAGUUUGAAAUUGUGCGAGUGCGAUAAUAACAAUUUGUGUUCGGCACGAAUUAUGAACAAACUGUUUAAUGAAGAAAAACGAUCGAAGAAGGAAACUUAUAACAACAACAAUGUCAACAAAAAACCUGUAAUAUCUGUAGAUAUAAGAAAAGAAGAAGUUCUUGCUAUUAGAAAUAGAUUUCCUACAAAAAUACCAGUAAUAGUACAAAGAUUUUAUAAGGAAACCCAUCUACCACAGUUGGAUAAAUCUAAGUUUCUAGUACCACAGGAAAUAACGAUGUCUCAGUUUCAAACAAUUAUAAGGAACAGAAUUCGUCUCAAUUCACAUCAAGCCCUUUAUUUGUUGGUCAACAAUAGAUCAAUGAUGAGUUUAACGUUAACACUUGCAGAGGUAACAAAGUCGGAAUUCACAAAUCAUUGCAUUAAAAAUUAUAGCAAACAUCUUUACAACAUAAAUAAGAACACUAGAACCGUUUCUUUAAAAGCAAGGAAAUAUUUAACAGGUGAUAUCAUACAAAAAUUGGUAAACGCAGGACAAUUCGCGGUUUACACUAAUAAAGAUGGAAGCGUUGCACAACUUAAACAAGAUUUAAGAAAUAGUGUAACUCAUGUUUUUGGUAAUCAUGUUAACUGCCGAAGAGAAAGUUGCGAUGUUAACAACGAUAUUAACAACAUUCCGAAUUCACUUCAUCAGGAGCUCACCACCAUGUAUACGCAGCAUUAAAUUUACUUUUAACAAAAGCACACCUUUUUUUAGCCAACGAAACAACCAACAAAGCAGAAUCAUUUAUGAAUAUUAUUGCUCGUUUCAAUAUGGGAAAACGAUUAAAUCUCAUUCAAAGGAACGGUUUCCAAAGUAGGUGUGUUUUGAGCGCUCUUCGUUACAAUAAUGGAGUUAAUUGGCACAUCAAAUUUUGGAAGCAAUGCUUUAAUAGAGAAGCAUCCUAUUUUCUAAGUAAAUGGG